UUUCCCAGCUGUGCUGAAUCUGGCUACCAUGGCAGACAUAACAACGAAUGCUACCUGUGGUGAAAAUGGUCCAGAGAUGUUCUGUAAACUGGUGGAGCAUGUGCCCGGUCAGCCUGUGAGGAACCCACAAUGUCGAAUCUGCAACCAACAGAGUCCAAACCCAGUUGAGCAUCAUCCUAUUGAAUAUGCCAUCGAUGGGACCAACCGUUGGUGGCAAAGUCCAUCUAUCAAGAAUGGAAUGGAUUACCAUUAUGUGACAAUCACUCUGGACUUAAAACAGGUUUUCCAGGUUGCUUACAUAAUAAUCAAGGCAGCCAACUCUCCUCGUCCAGGUAAUUGGAUCUUGGAGCGUUCAAUAGAUGGAGUGACUUUUGAACCUUGGCAGUACUAUGCCAUCACAGACACCGAGUGUCUGACAAGGUUCAACAUAAAUCCGCGGACAGGACCUCCAUCUUACACUAGAGAUGAUGAAGUGAUCUGCACGUCGUUUUAUUCAAAAAUUCAUCCUCUGGAGAACGGAGAGAUCCACACAUCUCUGAUCAAUGGGCGGCCCAGUGCAGAUGACCCAUCUCCAACCCUGCUAAACUUUACCUCUGCCCGCUACAUCAGGUUGGUUUUCCAGCGAAUACGAACGCUGAACGCCGACCUCAUGACUCUGACACUCAGGGACCCCAAAGAUAUUGAUUUCAUUGUGACAAGACGGUAUUAUUAUUCCAUUAAGGACAUCUCAGUUGGAGGGAUGUGUAUCUGUUAUGGCCAUGCCAAAGCGUGCCCACUCAACCCUGAUACAAAGAAGUUUAGCUGUGAAUGUGAGCACAAUACAUGCGGGGAGAGCUGUGAUCACUGUUGCCCGGGUUACCACCAGCAGCCAUGGAUGGCGGGGACCUUCCUCACCAGACAUGUCUGCGAAAAGUGCAACUGCCAUAAUAAGGCAGAGGAGUGCUACUUUAAUCAGACUGUGGCUGAUCUAUCACUAAGCCUUGACAUUCAUGGUCAGUAUCGAGGUGGUGGCGUCUGUACUGGCUGCCGGGACAACACAGCUGGAAUCAACUGUCAAAGCUGCAUUUCUGGUUACUACAGACCUUCAACGGUGAGUCCGGAUGAGGAGGACCCCUGCAUUCCAUGCUCGUGUGAUCCACAUGGUUCUAUCAGCCAAACUUGUGUUGCAGAUGAAAGCCAAGCUUCACCUGGUCAGCCAGCAGGGUCAUGCUGGUGUAAGGAAGGUUUCGGAGGUCUGCGAUGUGACAGGUGUGCUAUUGGAUAUAUGGGGUACCCAAACUGUGAGCACUGUAAUUGCAGUGUGGAAGGAAGCAUCAACUCCGACCCGUGUGUGACCCCAUGUAUAUGCAAGGAACAUGUUGAAGGAGAGAACUGUGAUCGGUGUAAACUUGGUUUCUACAAUCUGCAAGGUAGUAAUCGACGAGGCUGCGAAAAAUGCUUCUGCAUGGGCAUUGCAAGCCAAUGCUCGUCCUCCACUUGGAACUUUGGGAAGGUGACCACUCUGGCCGGCUGGCACCUGCUUGGAGAGACAGGAGGGAGGGUGUGGCCUGUUCACAGAGAGACACCUUCUUAUCUGACGGUCAGACACUCAGAUAUUAUGAACAACCUUGGCUCCGCCUACUACUGGAACGCACCUGAAGUAUAUCUGGGAAACAAGAUUUCAGCCUAUGGAGGAGAUGUUGUAUUCACUGUGUCUUAUACAACACAUGAACAAGAGCAAGGGAGUAUCAGAGUCACCUCAGAGCCUGACCUUAUCAUAGAGGGAGGUGGGAUCAAGCUUAUAGACAAAAGGUUUGGCCAACCAGUAUAUCCAUCCUCGACAAGUACCAAACACAUUGUUCUCCUUCCUGAGAACUUCCUUGUCUCGGAGAUUGAGCAGCCGAUCAGUAGGAGAGAUUUCCUUCUAGUGCUGGCUAAUGUAACGAGUUUAAUGGUGCGGGCCUCAUACAGCACGGAAAUGAGUGCCGUCUACAGGCUUAACUCAUUCUCAAUGCAGGUGGCAAAUUCUUCUGCCAGUGGAAAGAUAGCAUCAGCUGUAGAAAUGUGUGACUGCCCUCCUGGAUAUGGAGGAUUAUCUUGUGAGACCUGUCUCCCUGGUUUUCGGAGGGUCCAUGGUAAACUGUAUAAUGGUGUGUGUGAACCUUGCCAGUGUCACGGACACAGUUUGCAUUGCCAUGAGUUCACAGGGAAUUGCCUGGACUGCAUCCACCACACCACUGGCCAUCAGUGCGAUACUUGUCUACCUGGUUACUAUGGCAAUGCCACCCAUGGGACACCUCAGGACUGUCAGCCAUGUGCUUGCCCACUUACUCUUCCUAGCAACAACUUUAGCCCCACAUGCCACCUUGGUGAAGGAGGAGAGCUGCUCUGUGACCGCUGUCAGCCCGGGUACACAGGGCCAAGAUGUGACAGAUGUUCCAAUGGGUACUACGGCCAACCUAACGUACCAGGAGAAUCCUGCCAACCCUGCAAUUGCAAUGGCAAUCUGGACCUUUCUGUACCAGACAGCUGUGAUCCGAUCACAGGUCAAUGUUUGAGGUGUCGCCAGGGUUACGAAGGCUUGACUUGUGACACCUGCAGUGAUGGUUACUAUGGAGACGCCAUCACUUUAAAGAACUGUCAACCCUGCCACUGCCACACUAAUGGUUCUCUAUCAGAAGUUUGUGACAAGGAAACUGGUCAAUGCCAGUGCAGAGAAAAUGUAGUCGGACUUCAGUGCGAUAAGUGUAAGGCUAACUGGUGGUGGGACGUUGAGCUCCAGGAAUGUAUGCCCUGCCGCUGCAGUCCUUAUGGCUCCACGUCUCAGCGCUGUGACACUGAGGGCCGCUGCAUUUGCCGACCUGGCUUUGUCGCCCGACGCUGUAACCUUCGUCGCCUAGGUUACGAGAGGCGGGAGACGCGGCGGCCUAUUGAGAGUCUUCCCAUUGAAGCUGUGCAGCAGAGGUGGGGGGGGACCUCCCGCACAUCAGGGGGUUGUCCCAGGGGAGCUUACAGACCUCAGACAGGGGCUCAGACUCAUGGUGUCACCACAGGUGGAGUGUGUGUUCCAUGUCACUGCAACUCAUUCGGCUCAAAGUCUUUCGACUGUGAUGAAAUGGGUCAGUGUCGUUGUCAGCCAGGUGUCACUGGACCCAAAUGUGACAGAUGCUCAAGAGGAUUCUUCAACUUCCAGGAGGGCGGCUGCACACCCUGCCAGUGCAGUCAUGUGGGAAACAACUGUGAUGCGAAUACUGGACAGUGCAUCUGCCCUCCCAACACAAUUGGUGAGAGGUGUGACCGCUGUGCACCUAACCACUGGGGCCAUGAUAUCACAACUGGAUGUAAGGAGUGUGGCUGCAAUGGGAUCGGCUCAGAGACCCAGCAGUGCAACGUGAACACAGGCUGCUGCAAAUGUCGCGCUUCCUUCAGAGGAGAGAAAUGUGAUGAAUGUCAAAUCGGGUACAGAGACUUCCCUCAGUGUAUUCCGUGUGAGUGCAGUAUUGCAGGUUCGGACUGCGAGACCUGCGACCGGGAGAAAGGAGUAUGUGCCUGUGCUGACCGAACAGGGAAAUGUAGCUGCAAGGAAAAUGUGGAAGGACACAAUUGUGAUCAAUGUAAGUCAGAGACAUUUGGACUAUCUGAAAAAAAUCCUCUUGGCUGCAGCAAGUGCUACUGUUAUGGACUAACACGCUCAUGCACGGAGGCACGAGGACUUAUAAGGAUGUUGUUGACACUGAGGCCAGAGCAGACUGUGCUCCCCCUGGUGGAUAAAUCCAAUACUGUGGAGAAGAGGACAGGAGUUAGCUUCCAGCACCCUGAGAUCCUUGUUCAUGCAGAAUUGGUUGCAGGGACUUUGUCUGAGCCAUACUACUGGAGAUUGCCAGAGCAGUUUACAGGCUCUAUGAUCACAGCCUAUGGAGGGCAGCUGAAAUACGCUGUGUACUACGAGGCUAGAGAUGAAACUGGUCCGUCAUCCUAUGAGCCUCAAGUCAUUAUUAAAGGAGGUCCAAAUCACAACAUUCUAAUAACCCGGCACAUCCCAGGACUUCAGAUUGGUCAGCUCACUCGUCAUGACAUCGACAUGACAGAGCAUGAAUGGAGGUAUGAAGAUGGCCGGUCUAUGACCCGAGAGGACUUCAUGGAUGUUUUGUUCUACGUGGACUACAUCCUCAUAAAGGCAUCACAUGGCAGUCUGAUGAGACAUAGCCGUAUUUCAGAAAUCAGCUUAACCGUAGCAGAGGAGGGAACGCCGACAGAGCUAAAUGAAAAAGCCCAUCAAAUAGAAAAAUGCGACUGUCCCACUGGAUACUCUGGGCUUUCCUGUGAGGAAUGUGCGGCAGGUUUCUAUCGUCUCCGCUAUGGGUCGCUGGUUUCUGUCCCAGCAUCCAGAGUGCCCACAGCUGCAGGCAUGGGCAGCUGUGUCCAGUGUCAGUGCAGUGGGCAUUCCUCCACUUGUGACCCUGAGACUUCAAUAUGCCAGAACUGCCAAGACAACACAGAGGGGGAUCACUGCGAACGUUGCGCUCCAGGAUUCUACGGCGUCAUCCGUGGUUCUACAGAUGACUGUAAACCUUGUGCCUGUCCCCUUACCAACCCUGAGAAUAAUUUUAGCCCUACAUGUGUGGCAGAAGGUGUUGAUGAUUUCCGUUGUACAGCCUGUCCUGAGGGAUAUGAGGGGAAAUACUGUGAAAGGUGUGCUACUGGUUAUCAUGGUAACCCGACGAUGCCAGGUGGUCGCUGUGAGGAGUCCUGUGACGAUGAGUGCUCAGGUUUGCUAAUAAGUGACAUGGACCGUCUCUAUCGCAUCAUCACCGACGUCACUCUGACUACACCCCUUCCACCACCAUAUAAAGUCCUGUACCGCUUUGAGAACAUGACAGACGAGAUCAAGCACAUGUUGUCGCCUCAGAAAGCUCCAGAGAGAUUACUGCAACUGGCCGACUCCAACCUGGGAUCACUGGUGGUAGAGAUGGACCAGCUACAUAGCAGGGCGACUAAGGUGUCCGCUGAUGGCGAGCAGGUAGAUGAUGAUGCAGACAGGAUUCAUAAACGAGCUCAGGACCUGGAGCAGUUCAUUAAAGACACACUGUUGGGUGCUAAAGAUCUCCAAUUCAAGGCUGCAGAAUUGAACAGGACCCUCUCAAGGAAAGAUGGAACCGCAGACAAAAGCCUUACCGAGAUGAAGGAGGAGAUUCAGGCGAUGCUCGCCGAGAUGAGAAAACGACAGCUGGGAGGAAUGAAAAGCAUUGCUGAAGAGGAGGAGGAUCUAGCAGAAGAGUUGUAUCAGAAAGUCAAAAGACUGUUUGGUAACCCUCAUCAAGCCACUGAGGAUUUAAAAGCCGAGAUCAAAGAAAAGCUGUCUGAUCAUGAGAGGAAACUCCAGGAGGCUGAAGAUUUACUGCAUUCUGCCCAAGGAAAGACGAGGCAGGCUGGCUCACUGGCAGAGAACAACAAAGCCAACCUUACUCUUCUACAGAAAAAGCGAGAUGCAGUCAGCGGUGUGAAACAAGACGCACAAAAGAUCCUUGGAGAAGGAAAUAAUUUACUAGAUGAGGCAAAUCAGCUUUCUGACAACAUCAACAAGGAACUUGAGGAGUUAGAGGGGAUGGAAAGAGAUCUUGAUCCUCUUCAUGCUCAGCUGGAUGACAAAGUUCAGGGACUUGCUGAUGGCUUGAGUGAUGGUAGCGUUGCAGAAAAAGUCGGCGAAGCAGAGGAACAUGCCAAACAGCUGAAUGAGUCUGCUGCCAUUUUAGACGGCAUUUUGGCUGAAGCUAAAAACCUGUCUUUCAAUGCAACUGCUGCUGUCCAUGCUUAUAGUAAUAUUAAAGCCAAUAUUGAUGCAGCAGAGAAAGAGGCAAAGGCAGCCAAACAGAAUGCAAAUGAGGCUCUGUCACUGGUUUUGGGUCCAGAUGUUCCAGUAAAGGAAGCGGCUCAAAUUGCCCUCCAGAAGAGUCAAAUACUGCUGAACAAAGCCAAACAACUUCAGAAUGAUGUUAAAGAAAAUGCAGACAAUGUGGCGGGACUGAAGGGGAGAGUUAAAGCAGCGAGAGACAAAACCAAAGGCCUUCUGACUGCUGUUAAUGGAACCCUGGCUACACUCAACGCCAUGCCCAAUGAUACAUCAUAUAAAUUAGCAGCUACAAAAGCAGUAGCAGCUGAUGCCAAUGUUACAGCAAUAGACGUCCUAGAGCGCCUUGCAGAUCUGAACCUCCGCCUUGGAAACCUGCAGCUGAACUGCAGCGAGUUGGAAGACACUGUUGACGCAGCCAAUCAGAUGAUCCAGGACCCUGAAAAAAACACAAUCAUCCAUGCUGCAGGAGCUAAAGUGAAGGAUUUGGAGGAUGAAGCCGACAGGCUGCUGGAGAAGCUGCAACCAAUUAAAAAGCUUCAAGACAAUUUGAGGCGGAACAUCUCACAAAUAAAGGAACUGAUCAACCAGGCCAGAAAGCAAGCAAAUUCAAUCAAAGUUUCUGUUUCAUCAGGUGGUGACUGUCUCCGUAGUUAUCGCCCUGAUAUCAGAAAAGGAAGGUACAAUACUAUCAUCCUUCAUGUUAAAACCACCACACCGGAUAACCUCCUUUUUUACCUUGGAUCUGCCAAAUAUGUUGAUUUCUUGGCCCUGGAGAUGCGCAAGGGGAAAGUGAAUUUCCUUUGGGAUGUGGGUUCAGGUGUGGGAAGGGUUGAAUAUCCCCAUCACACAAUCUACGACGGUAAUUGGUACCGGAUAGAAGCGUCUCGUAAUGGUCUGAAUGGUACCAUAUCAGUCUAUCCUUUGGACGGUCCUAUGGCUGGCAUGAUGCCAACACCCGCCAGUGCCAACUCACCCACAGCUUACACCAUCUUAGACGUUGACCAGAACGCCUACCUGUUUGUUGGAGGAAUUCUUAGCACUGCAAAGAAGGCAGAAGCAGUGAAAACAUCAACAUUUACGGGCUGCAUGGGAGAGACCUUCUUGGAUGGUAAACCUAUUGGUUUGUGGAACUACAGAGACAGACAGGGAGACUGCAAAGGUUGCGUUGUCAGUCCUCAGCGAACCGAUGGUGAGGGGACAGUUCAGCUGGAUGGGGAAGGCUAUGCUGCAGUUGGACGACCAACAAGGUGGAACCCAAAUGUUUCCACGAUAACCUUGAAGUUCCGCACUUUCUCCUCUGAUGCUUUGCUCAUGUACCUGGCCACUGAAGACAUGAAGGACUUCCUAUCUCUGGAGCUGUUAGAAGGGAAGGUGAGGGUGAAUUUUGACCUUGGAUCAGGAGUUGGUAGUGCCACAUCAGCUAACCGCCACAAUGAUGGACGCUGGAAAGCUCUCACCAUGUCAAGGAACAAAAAACAAGCUGUUGUGAUUGUUGUGGAUAUCAGCCAAGGUACUGAGGAAAAGAUUGUGGCCAUAUCCAAGGGUUCGGCUACUGGUCUUAAUCUGAAGGAAAAUCAGAAAAUAUAUUUUGGUGGUCUGCCAACGAUUGGAAACUACAGCAUGGCAGCCAGGUCAGAGGUGAUUCUGAAAAGGUAUGCAGGUUGUCUCAAAGACAUAGAAGUCUCCAGAACUCCAUAUAAUCUUCUAAGCAGCACUGAUUAUACAGGGGUUACUAAAGGAUGUAAUGUCGAGAAACUCUACACAGUGAGCUUUAGUAAACCAGGAUACAUGGAGCUGGAUGGCCUUUCUUUUGCAAUCAAUACGGAGAUCAGCUUGUCUUUCAGCACUCUAUCAGACACUGGGAUUAUAUUGCUGGCAGUAGGAGGGACUUCACCAAUCAGCAAAGAGCCUCGCCGUCCAAACUUAAAUUCAAAGAGAAGACGAAGACAGUCAGGAGAGCCCUACCUUUUAGUUAUGCUUAACAAAGGCUCUCUGGAGGUCCUCAUAAAUACUGGCAGUCAUACUCAGCGUUGUGUCGUCAGGCGGCCUGACCAAGGAAACCUGAAUGACGGCAGGGAGCAUUCCCUGCGCAUAGAAAGGCUGGCUGGAAGGUCCUUUGCAGUCCAGGUGGAUGAGGAACCCAAGAGAGAAGCAGGGCUUCCAAACGACCAGCCAAUGAGGCUGCGGCACAUUUUCCUUGGUGGUAUUCCACCAGAGGUGGAGCGGACAUCUAACAGAGUCAACAUCCCAUUCAAAGGAUGCAUAUGGAACCUUAUGGUUAAUUCAAUUCUCUCAGAUUUCUCUCAGCCGGUUUCCUUUGAAAAUGCUGAAAUUGGUCAGUGUCCAAACCUCGCUCCUCCACCACCUCUCCCUCCUCUACCAGAAGAAGAGAAAACUGAGGAAAAGAAAAUGGAUUUAAAACCACUCCAUCCUACAGUCCCCCCAGCUCCUGGAACACCACCUCCUAGUGGUCCAGAGGAGGCCACACCCCCUGUCCCAGCUGCUGCCACACCCAUCUCGCCUGCUGCUGUAGCAACACCCACUGCUAAACUGGAUCCCAUUAUAGACCCGGACUCGUGUGCAUCAGCUGUGGCCCCGACAUCACUCGAAAAGGCAUAUCAGUUUGGACUGACCAGGAAUAGUCACAUGAGCUUCGCCUUUGAUGACACUAAAGUCAGAGAGAAGCUGCUGUUGGAGUUUGAGCUGAGGACAAAAGAGCUUUCUGGCCUUGUGCUCUAUAUGGCGAGAAUAAACCACGCAGACUUUGUUUCCAUCCAGAUCAAGGAGGGACAAGCUUGUCUUGGUUACGAUCUUGGUCAUGGAAACAUUUCUGGUUGCGUUCCCUUCUCCAUAAAUGAUGGUAACUGGCACAAUAUCCGUGUGCAACGUACCAAGCAGAGAGCUGUGCUGGCGGUUGAGCGUAAAUAUACAAAACAGUUGUUUAGUCCAAAGACGGCGGACCUUUUAGAUGUGGUUGGAAUGGUGUAUGUUGGUGGAUUACCACAGAAUUACACCACAAAACGCAUAGGACCAAUUGUCUACAGUAUUAAUGGAUGUAUCCGGAACUUAAUGAUGAGCGGAGGUCCUGUCAGCGCUAGGUCAGCUCCAGCAGUAAUUGAAGACUUUAAACUGGACAUGUCUGCACCCAACUCCAGUCACAUGGUUGGACAAUGUUUUGUUGCUACUGAAACAGGAACCUAUUUUGAUGGCACUGGAUAUCUGAAAGCAGUAUCCUCCUAUAGAGUGGGUCUGGACGUAUCAAUAGCACUUGAGUUUCGAACCAGCAAAACCAGUGGAGUUCUCUUGGCGGUCAGUAACCAAGGCAAUGAUGGACUGGGUUUGGAAAUCGUCGAAGGCAAGCUGCUUUUCCAUGUUGACAACGGAGCUGGCAGAAUCACUGCAGAGCAUGUGCCUACAGGCAAGAGCUUCUGUGAUGGCCAGUGGCACAGCGUCACUUCCAACAAGCUUCGCCACAGGCUGGAGCUGGUGGUCGAUGGGGAAAAGAGCCAAGCACAGUCUCCGAAUGCUCGCUCCAACACCUGCGAUACCAACGACCCCAUCUAUGUUGGAGGAUAUCCUGCUGGAGUUCGGCAGGCAGCUCUUUCUACCACGUCUUCCUUCAGGGGCUGUAUGAGGAACCUGAAGAUCACUAAGGCUUCUAAGACCAUGGAUGUGCAGUUUAACAAGGCCCUGGAGAUUAAAGGAGUCCAGCCUCUAUCCUGCCCUGCUGGAUCUGCCUAAUGCUACCAUUUUCAUCCAGUAAUACCUUUCACAAAAGCUACUUUUAUCCUAUAAAGCAUGGAGUUUAUUACAUUUAGGCAAGAUCUGUGUUUGAAGCUUGAUUGAAACCCCAUAUCCCUCUCUUUGGUACAAGUAGUUUAAAAUACCAAAAGCUGUUAAACGUUCAAUGGAUCUGUCUUAUGUUUUAACACUUCUUUUAAAGGAGAUAAGGCAUAAGAUUCCUUUAAGCCCCACAAUCUUAAUCUGCUGAGCCUCCAACUUGGGCUUUAACCCAUUUGAUGUAUCUAUUGGCGUCAGCGUCCUUAUUACAGUGUUAUUCAUGAAGCAGGAUGCACACUUCUAAAGUCAGCGUUGUGCAGUUAAAUUAUAGAAGUGUGUGUGUGUUGGGCGGCAAUGGAUUUUAACUUCCAUCCUCAAUUAUCAAGGCUGAUUAAAAUAAUGUAAAGCUUA